ACCGGCCCCGCCCCCUCUGCCGGCGCCGCCACGUACCUUCUCGCCUCAACCCUGCUUGAAACCGGCUCUGCCUGCCGCGCAGCCUAACCCGCGGCCCGGCGGCCGGCCAAUCAGCACCCUACGCGAUGACCAGACGCGGGUCAGGCCCCGCCAAUCGGCGCUGCCCCGGAGGCGGGAGCUAUCGCUAUAGGAACCGGAGCGGGGGCCGCUGGCGGGUUGGUGCUGAGGGUGCCGGCGGAGCGUUGUGGUCGCGCUGCCGGGAGCGGCUGCGGAGCCCUGCCCGAGAGGUCUCUGCGCUGGGUCCUGCCCCUGGGGACCAGAGCGAGAGGCAGCUCUAGUGAGUGAUGAUGUUUCAGAUGAGGUGGAGAACCAUCCUGCCACAACAGUGUGUUCUGCUGGUGACAUGUCUCCUAAUCAAUUUGGAAGGAGUGCCUAUAGACAUAGACAAGACAAAAGUUCAAGGAGAACCCCAUGUAGAAGGAGCAAAAAUAGAAACCCCAGAUACUGGGCUUUAUUAUGAUGAAUAUCUCAAGCAAGUGAUAGAUGUCCUAGAAACAGAUAAACAUUUCAGAGAGAAACUUCAGACUGCUGAUAUAGAGGAAAUAAAGAGUGGAAAGCUAAGCAAAGAGCUAGACUUAGUAAGCCAUCAUGUGAGAACAAGGCUGGAUGAACUGAAAAGACAAGAAGUGGCAAGGUUAAGGAUGCUAAUUAAAGCUAAAAUGGAUUCCUUUCAAGACACUGGCAUAGACCAUCAAGCUCUCCUUAAACAGUUUGAACACCUCAACCACCAGAAUCCUGACACGUUUGAAUCUAAAGAUUUAGAUAUGUUGAUCAAAGCAGCUACAAGUGACCUGGAAAACUAUGACAAGACACGCCAUGAUGAAUUUAAGAAAUACGAGAUGUUGAAGGAACAUGAAAGGAGAGAAUAUUUAAAAACACUGAAUGAAGAGAAGAGACGGGAAGAGGAAUCCAAAUAUGAGGAGAUGAAGAAAAAGCAUGGAGAUCACCCCAAAGUGAAUCAUCCUGGAAGCAAAGACCAACUGAAGGAGGUGUGGGAGGAGUCGGAUGGGCUGGAUCCUAAUGACUUCAAUCCUAAAACAUUUUUCAAGUUGCAUGAUGUCAAUAAUGAUGGCUUCUUGGAUGAGCAAGAAUUAGAGGCCCUGUUUACUAAAGAGCUGGAGAAAGUAUAUGACCCCAAAAAUGAAGAGGAUGACAUGGUGGAAAUGGAAGAAGAAAGGCUAAGAAUGAGAGAGCAUGUUAUGAAUGAGAUUGACGUCAACAAGGACCGGUUAGUAACUUUACAUGAAUUCCUGAAAGCUACAGAGAAAAAAGAAUUUUUGGAGCCAGAUAGCUGGGAGACAUUGGAUCAACAGCAGGUCUUCACUGAAGAGGAGCUGAAGGAAUUUGAAACGCAUAUUUUGCAGCAAGAAGAUGAACUCCAGAAGAAGGCAGAAAAUCUUCAACAACAGAAGGAAGAGCUACAGAGACAGCAUGACCAGCUUCAGGCUCAGAAACAGGAACUUCAGCAGGUUAUGGAACAGAGGAAGCUACAGCAAGGAAGUUCUCUAUCAGGACCAGCUGGGGAACUGAAAUUUCAGCCACCUGGAGAACACCAAGUCGGAAAUGCACAAAACCAUCUUGCAGGUGAUCAGCCUUUACUGCCAGGGCACAUUCCAGUUCAAGAAACAGCCGCCGGAAGUGACCAUGUUCAAAUUCACCCUUAACCACUUGUGCCUCAACUUUAUACCGUCUUUAUUAUUUUGGGGGUUGGGGUUGGGGACAGGGACUUAAACAGAAACAGAGUGAAAUAUGAACUGCCCACUUUCUUCACUUGGUUGUGAAGUCAUUGGGAAUAUUACAGCUUUACAAUUCAAACCCAACUGAUGUUUAAAUUAGAUUAAUUUAAUCUUCAAUGCAUCAGUGAGAAAGAUAACAGGCAGAUCAAUUCCAGGUUAAAAGGGAGCGGGAGGUUGGAGGGGAGGAAUGGAAGAAAUAACAAAAAAGCAGCAUCUCUCCAUUUUCUGUAAACAAACCUCCAAAAGCUCAGUCCCUGGAGCACAGAAGUCCAAUAGUUAGGCAUUAAUCAGGAACUCACUUUCUAGAGAAAUGGAGAACAGGACUAGAGAUCCAGCUAAUCAUGUUUCAUAUAGAAACACUUUCCAGAAGCACUAAAAUGCAGAAUUUGGGGAAACUAGGCCCAGGAAUGGACGUCUUCAGUUUCCAGUACUGCCAACGCUUUUCUCCUUUGAGACCAAAUAAAAACAAACCUGCUCUGAUUAAUUUCAAGAAAUCUGCACUUUUAAAAAUGUAACUGCAGGAAAGAAUUUUAGAACAGUGAAUACUUUUCAUGUUUACAGAUAGCUAUGAACUUCGCUGUAAGCCUUCAAAACGGAAUACUGUAGUUAUGGUGUGCUGAUUUGAACCAUCCUCAUUGUUAAGAUGAAUCCAGUGUAGCAGCUGAGUGCUCAUCUUGCAGAGUGGCUGUUAAGACUAUAUUCUUGUCCCUCUUUCUUUCAUUAUCUUCUAGCUGCUCUCAACAUUUUUGCAUGCUUUUAAAACGAGGGUUUUCUUCAGUUGAUUUAAAAAAAAAUUGUGAGAAAUAGAACUUUUUCUGUGCAUAUUAUCCUACCUCCUGUGGUGAAACCAUCCUUUCAAAAUCCACAGUAUGUUUCAAACAGCUUUUUUUCAGACAAGACAUUCUGACUAGAGUCUCUCUGGUUUCACAUUUAGUGCUCAUUCAUUUUACAACAACUGAUAUAAUUUUAUGAAAUUCCCUGAAACAGGCACAUGUCAUGACUGUAUAGUUUUGGUAUUGGUACCAAGCUGGUUUCUUCAAGCUAACCCAAGCUUUUACAAGAAAUUAUUUGAUUUAUCUGUGAAUGUUGCUAAGAUGUAGAAAAAGAUCCAUUGCAUAUUUCAGACCUAAAGGAAGUAUCUUGAAGGCCAAAUCCAAUUUCUUUAACAUUAAUGUUUUCCCUUUGCAGAAAACUGGUUCUGACUUUUUAUAUAAACAUAUCCCUCCCUCCAAUCGGGAUCAUUCAGAUUCCUUCCCAUUCUACAGCUGCCUGCCAACAAUGUCACUACGUGGAAUGGGUCAGCUUUUAAAUAAAUAAAAGUAAGCCUCUGUUCUGGAGAGAUGUAUGCUAUCAUGUGUCAUGGUAACUAGAGAAAGGUGAGUAUUUGCAAAGCAGUUCAAGCAGUAUUUUUUUCCACAGAAGAACUUUCAGACAUUUGUUUUGUAGCAUCUUAGACAUUAGAGAAUAGCUAAUGCAGACUUCUUCAUGCAGGAUGGAGCAUAUUCCCUUUCUCCAAUCUAGUUUUAAAGGACUUAUGUUCUUCCUUGGGAAACAAUGUCACAAGGUCUAAUAGAGCUUGCUUGUCGGGAUAAUUUUCCUGAUGAUCAGUUUUGAUUUUUCUCCAUUUCAUCUUGUUAAUUGUAUGUAGGCCACAGUUCCUUUCCUCCUUGGCAUUGACACUGUUCAAGCAGUGGUAGGUUUCUUCCCUCCCAACCUCUUUUGUGGUUUUGCUCAAGAUGUAUAACAUUUUAAACCUUUCUUCAAAUUAACAGGUCCUUGGUCUUACCUUAUUACUUUUACAUCAGUUUUAUUUAUUUAUUUGUCCACAGAUCAAAUUACUUUUCUGCAGUUCCAAUCCCUUGCUAGGAAUCCCGCCCAUAAAGGAGGUUCAGGGCAGUUGUAGCCAGGUCCAGUAGAGUCAUACUAGCACAGCAGGACACAAGGAGGCGACACUGGGGCCCCAGAUGUAGCACAGGACCUUCUCCAAUGAAUGGCCCUGGUGUUGGGUUUGUAAGCUGAUUCUUGGGAGAUGGGAGUUCAGCCACACUGCUCAAGAGGAGUCCAUGAGGAGAAACUUGGGGAGAUUUGCUCCCUUCUCCACAUGGGUUUUACCGCUAGAGGGGUGGUCCAGCCAUAAAUUUGCAUAACACCCAGAAUGAAGGAUCCUUGUCUGAGGUCCCUAGGCACUACUGCAAUACAAAUAAUAGCUUCUCUCUGUUAAAUCUCUGACAAAGUUUUCUCAGUAAUUUAUCCUUCCACCCAUAUCCGAUGAAGUGAGCUGUAGCUCACGAAAGCUUAUGCUCAAAUACAUUUGUUAGUCUCUAAAGUGCCACAAGUCCUCCUUUUCUUUUUGCCAUCAAAGUUGUUUUCAAUCCCCAAUAAUUCAGUAUUAUUCUAUAUAAUGCAGUACAGAUCUUUUAAAUGCAAAAUAAAACUGGAUUUGCCACAAAUCACAAGUGCACCCCAUGAGACACAUGAUCCAAGUGUAGUAACUUAGUAAACAAAUUUAGUCAAACAUUAGAUUCCUCCCCUCCCACCCCACCCCGUUUAAGGGUAGAAUGGCCCAACUCUACACCAUUGAUCAAAUCCUAUUCUAAACACAUCUAUUUAGUUUUGUUCUGAUUAUUAUAAUCUGUCUUAUUUUUGUGCUUUAUGGGAAGAUGGGCAUUAUGUAGGUUUAUAGUCAUUUAUUAUUUAUUCCAAACCCUCAAACAUUGAGGUAUCAAUAAAGUACUGUGGUAUCUAAGUGCUGAACAUAGGCUCUUCCUUACCUUUGAGACUGCCACAGCUAUUGUGACUGCCCUGAUGCAGGGAAAGCCAAAGUUUUCCUUUGUCACUUCGUUGUGGGUCACCAUUUUUCUGUAUGCAAAAAUCUCUCAACAAUUUUAUACUGCAGCUGCAUCACUCUAUGCCAGCCAGUAGGGUGAGCUCCCAGGAAAGAAGUGCACACUGUCGCAUCAGCUCCUGUGGGUCUGCUCUCAUUGUCUGUCCGUUUUCUUUUCAUACAAUGUUAUCAAUUUAACCUCUUUAAAUAGAUUUUUUUUUUUUUAAAAUGAGAUAUUGCACGUUUUUACAAGGAACAGGCAGAUUUUGGAUUGUUGGAUCAAAUCCAGCUCUAGUCAAAGGUCACCUACUGAUAAGUAUCUGGUCUAAUUUUUUAGUCUCUAAGAUGCCAUAAGGACUCCUCGUUGUUUUUGCUGCUACAGACUAACACAGCUACCACCACUCUGAAACCUGUUUGGCCUAAAAUGUUCAUGACAUUAACCAACUUGCUAGUGGACAAUUGUCUACAUUGCACAAAAGCCCACCUUAAAUGGUUCCCUUUGCUGUCUGCAAAGAGGUCAAGGAAUGAAUGGAUGUGGAGACUGGAUUUACUCUCAAAAGUUUAGUCUUCAGGUCAGGGUUUGACAUAUCAGCAGGGCAUGUGGGAAAGCUUGUCCUGCUACUGCCCAUGCAGCACCUGUUCUAGGAGUCACCAGAGCUCUCAAUCUGGCACCUUUCUCCAGUACUAAAUUCACUGAAGACUUCUUUGUAAAAGCAGGAUAAAAAAAAUAAAUGAUGCAUCGCUAUGAGUUCUCCCUCUGUCAGGAACCCUCUGCCUUAAGAAGAUGUUGUGCAGGGUGCCUGAAAUAAUCCUUAUAAAUGCAAUGUUUGUAGCUUUAAUUACUUUACUUUCAUUUCUGCUGUUUCCUUUCUCAUGCGUGGAAAGACUAACCAGUAUUACCCACUUCAAGCAUGCAUCUCAGCUGAAGAUUUCAUCACCACGGUACUGAUUUCUCAGAAGCCUCUCAAGGUCAUAAGUAUGACUAAAAAUGAUGUUUAUAGCUAAAUGAUGGAACAGAAAGUGAUAAUGGGUAUCUUACUAGAUUUUCAAAGUUGUACCAGGGACUGAAGUGUCAUGGAUACCACUACUUUCAGGCUUACUUGGUUUUAUUUUGUCUUAAAGGCCAUUAAAAGAAAACUUAAUGCAACUUGGUUUUGACACAAAUUCCAUUACUCUAUCACAGUGGUUCCCAAAUUUGUUCCGCCGCUUGUGCAGGGAAAGCCCUUGGCGGGCUGCGCCGGUUUGUUUACCUGCCACGUCCGCAGGUUCGCUGCUCGUGGGCUGAGGGACGUACUGGCCGCUGCUUCCAGCGGCUCCCAUUGGCCUAGAGCAGUGAACCGCGGCCACUGAGAGCCGCGAUCGGCUGAACCUGUGGACACGGCAGGUAAACAAACCAGCACGGCCGCCGAGGGCUUUCCCCGCACAAGUGGCAGAACAAGUCUGGGAACCACUGCUCUAAAAGAUGUAAACAUUGAAUUUCACUUUUUAUUUUAUUUUAUUUUUAUUUUAUUUUAUUUUAUUGUUGGGCAUGGGGGGCAGGGAAAGGGGUAGGCUGGUCAAUGUUGUAAAAAUUCAUAUCCUCCGGUGCAAUAUUUGUAG